AAAACAUGAAAUAUCCCGGAACCCACGCUGAGCAGCUGACCCCGAUGAGGCUUUCCACGGCCAACAGUGCGUCAGCGGACAUACACGUCCGUUACGACCACCUACAAGCACACAUCUACCGUUCUUCACACUCGCGAACGUUACGGGAACUGCUGACCGGUCCUGCGCUCGAAUGACCAAAAGCUAAAGGCUGGCGGGCCGUUGAUUUUUGCAGCGAUCCGGGCCACCGCUUCGUCUCGAUGUCAUGGGUUGCAUGACUUAUGCAGGAUGACGACGGCGAGCUAUAAGGCUCAGGAUGACGAGAGAGGUGGGGAACUCACUGCCGGUCCACGAUGGCACUGGGACGAGUGCUGGGUCUGCUGCUGUUGACGGCACCUGCUCUGGGAACGGCACCGAGCGGUCCGUGGGACACGUUCAACUUCGCGCCGCCGUCUAGGACUGUCCACGCUCGUUAUGUUCGCGAGACUGGUGGCAAUAUCACGGGAGCGGCUAACCUGUUGUCUGAGGGUAGCGCGACUUUGAGCGGGACUGCCUCUUAUGUGACACUUGAUUUCGGUUACGAGGUCGGGGGAUGGGUGUACCUCAACUUCGACGAAGUCUCCGAUGGUUCCUCUAUCACGCUCUCCUUCACAGAGUCGCCGCUCUUCAUCAGUCCGUUCAACUCAGACGACUCGUCCUACCCAUCCGCGAACAUGUCCUACGACGGCGUCCUCCACGUCUCGGCGCCCCUCGAGACUGGCAUAUGGACACAGCCUGCUGCCCAGCUGAGGGGAGGCUACCGUUUCCUCACCAUUGCGUCUACAUCGGAUAGUGCGGUGUCCAUAUCGAAUGUCUCGUGCGAGAUUUCGUUUAUGCCUCAUGUGGAGGACAUGAGGAACUACUCUGGCUACUUCUUUGCUUCAGACCCAGACUAUGUCGACCAGAACUUCCUCACCAGGUUGUGGUACUCUGGUGCCUACACGGUGCAGACCGGCACAGUGCCAUUGGACACAGGACGACAAGUCCCGAUUGUCCCGUCGCCAGGUUGGGCGAACAACGCCACGCUCGGUAUAGCAGGUCCCAUUAUCGUAGAUGGUGCCAAACGAGAUCGCACAGGUGAUAUGGGCAUCGCCGUGCCCACCCAAUUCGUUUCGACCAACGACCUCCUCCCGACGCGCAACGCGCUCUCCACUAUGUUCGCCGCACUCAACCCCGAGACCGGCGCGUUGCCCGAGUCGGGCCCGCCGCUCAGCCAGCAGGGCAGCGACACGUACCACGGCUGGACGCUCAUCGGGACGUACAACUAUUUCCUCUACUCGGGCGACUACGAGUGGCUCGAGGAUACGUGGAGCAACUACACCAAGGCGGUGGCGUACUUGACGAGCAAGGUGCAGAGCAAUGGGCUGCUGAACGUCACCGGGCUGAGAGAUUGGGGCAGGCAGGGGCAGGGUGGGUUCAACUCGGAGGCGAAUGCGAUUUAUUACAAGGCGUAUGCUGCGAACGCUUCGGCCCUCAAGACUACGUUCAAUGACGCGUUCUGGUUGGAAGACGAGGGGAUGUACCGCGACAACCUAACGUCGACGCUCUGUCCGCAGGAUGCGAACUCACUUGCUAUCUUCUUCAAUAUCACGGAGACGGCGGAACAGGUCGCAUCUAUUAGUGAUGGACUGACGAAAAAUUGGGGCAUGUAUGGGUCGAUCGCUCCCGAACUGCCCGACACUGUCGCGCCAUUCAUCGGCGGCUUCGAGCUGCAAGCACAUUUCAUAGCAGGCAACGACGCACGGGCCAUGGACCUGCUUCACCGGGAGUGGGGAUACAUGCUGUACACGCCCAUCAGCGUGCAAUCGACGCUGCUCGAAGGAUACACCGGCAACGGGUCGCUCUACUACCGCUCGUACCAAGGCUACAACUACGACCCCUCAUACACCAGCCACGCACACGGAUGGAGCUCCGGGCCUACGUCAGCGCUGACUUUCUACGUCCUCGGCCUGCAGGUCACUUCGCCGCAAGGCCAGACGUGGUCCGUCGCUCCGCACACGUCCGGACUGCCCUGCGCCGAGGGUGGUUUCGAGACGCCGCUUGGAUGGUUCGGCGUCGACUGGGCCUCGAAGGAGGGUUGGUUCAACAUCACGAUCGACACGCCAGAGGGGACAAGUGGGAGUGUACGACUACCGUACUCUGGCUCGACGACUCUCGAUGGCGCGAAAGCUGAAGUCGACUCGUCUGGGACCCUUGAGCUGACUGGUGGGAGCCAUACGGUAGCUGUGCGCGUGUCGUAGUGAACGCGCGCAAAAAAAUCUGAUUCUUCGUGUUCAGUUGUUCACAUUUCUCUUUGUAAAGUAUGGCCCAACAGAACCCUGUGCGUAUUUCAGUGUCGUGGUACCCAAUUGUAUUUUGAAAUAAUCAAGACCAUACCGAGGUUGUGAGGCCGUUGAGCACGUUCUAUUCUUUUGGAUGAACUGGUAUUGUGUAUUAACGAUACCUAAUAGUGUCGAUCUAGAUAUUAGGGCCUAGGCCAGGCAUGAAUAUUGAAUAUUGAG